ACUCGCAUUGUAGACCCCGCAGUAGAGCAGAGCUGGGUCUAGCGUGGUGCUGGCAAGGUCUGUUGGGUGCGUCGAGGGUGUCGUUAAAAUAGCUCUCGCGAGAGUAACGCGAAAUAAUACGGCGAGAUGGCUGCCCGUUCGGUCCUGAGGUACCUGAGACCCAAGCCCGUGAUAUUCCAGACUCAUCGAUGCGCCUCUCUAUCUGGUUUCGAUAUCCAGCACAAGACUCCUACCAUCAAGACGGUGAUGCCCAUACCGAAGGCCCAUUACGGAGGCAGGCACACCGUCACCAUGCUGCCCGGAGCUGGCAUUGGACCCGAGCUGAUGGGUUAUGUAAAGGAAGUUUUUAAAUACGCUGGCGUACCGGUGGACUUCGAGGACGUCGAAAUCGACCCGAACGCGAACGACAACGUCGAUUUGGAUUUUGCGAUCACGUCGAUACGCAGGAACGGAGUGGCCCUGAAGGGAAACAUAGAGACGCGCAGCACGGAGGCCGACGUCUUCUCCCGAAACGUCGCUCUGCGAAACGAGCUCGACCUCUACGUAAACGUUUUGCACUGUGUCUCUUAUCAGGGCGUGAACUCUCGCCAGAAGAACAUCGACAUCGUUAUAGUGAGGCAGAAUACCGAGGGCGAGUACUCCAUGUUGGAGCACGAGAGCGUUAGCGGCGUGAUCGAGAGCAUGAAGGUCAUUACGAAAUCCAAUUCGGAGCGCGUUGCUCGCUACGCGUUCGAGUACGCCAAGAGGAACGGCCGCAAGAAGGUGACGACGGUCCACAAGGCGAACAUCAUGAAGCUGUCGGACGGACUCUUCCUGGAGAUCUCGCGGCGGGUCGCCAAAGAUUAUCCGGAUAUUAUCCACAAUGACAUGAUUAUCGACAACUGCUGUAUGCAGCUCGUAUCGAAUCCACACCAGUUCGACGUCGUGCUGACGACCAAUUUGUACGGCGCCAUCGUGUCGAACGUGGUGUGCGGUUUGCUGGGUGGCGCCGGUUUGCUGGCCGGUAAGAACUACGGCGACCAUUACACGAUCUUCGAGCCGGGCACCCGUAACACCGGCACCAGCAUCGCCGGCAAGAAUAUCGCGAAUCCGAUUGCGAUGCUGAACGCCGCGGUCGACAUGCUGCGUCAUUUGGGUCACAAGCAUCACGCCGUCGUUAUCCAGAACGCGAUCAACAAGACCAUUAAUCAGGGGGUGCACACCCGCGAUCUCGGUGGCACUGCGACCAGUAGGGAUGUCGUCGACAAUAUCCUCAAGCACAUAAAAAUCGCGACCGCUUAAGAAGACUGAAAAUUAUAUAUUAUGGCCGAAAUCUCUUGUAGCAGAUGUCCGUGGAAACUGGCGAGUUAGAUAUACUAAGAAUCUUGUGUGAUUUCUAGUGAGAUAACAUUAAAGAAUACAUACGAUAAGCUAGUUAGGGCAAGGUAAGGAUCGCUAUGACAAUAUGCGAUAACGAGAUUUCGUCUAUUGGCACAAAAUUACGAAAUAUUUCUCUCAAAUCAAUUAUUUUAGGAUAAUCGGGCGGUUUUCGGCUUAUAGUAGAUUACAAAUAUGCUCUGUAAUAUACUACACUUGUUCAAUAAUUCGGAAUUUUGUAACAUAUUCGCUGUACAUUGUAAGUAAUAGCAGUUCCUAUAGAUGAAUUUACCAAAUAUUAUCACUGUGAGAGUAACUUAUAUGAAAUGUUUAAAGUACUUGUUACACACACCUUACCAUUAAAAGAAUACUCACCAUUUUAUGUGCGUAAGACAAGUACGGUCAUAGGUUUAUUAAGCUGACAAAUAUUGUAUGCCGCCUUAGUACAAUUUUAUCUAGUUGAAUUAAAACAAUGACAAAAUGUAAAAUACACUUUACUGUUAAGGUAAAGUUACAUUGUAAAGUGUACAUACUGUCGUUCAUAAAUAAAAUGUAUAAAUUUACAUU